UUUAUUGACUUCUUUGUGGCACUCUCAGUUGGUAAACGGUGCAGUGAGUCGGUUGAAAGUGUGGUUGAAGCAGUUGGAAGUCGACUUGCGCCUUGAGUGGAUAAUAAGAAGCACGAUCGCAUAGAGUUGUUCCACAUUAAUCUGGAGUAAUAUAAAUAAAUCUUACAUUAAAGAAAAAAAAGAAAUUAUUCCUUGUAAAUUUUCGGGGUGAAAAGGUGACUUUUAACUGAUUCAAAAUCUAUACUUUUGUGUAGAAAACGUUAUUAAAUAUCGCAAAAUUUCUCAUCUGCUCAUACGUGAAGUACAUUUGAGAUCAAGGAAAGAGAAACAGCGAGUGGCUAAGAUAAAAGAGAUCUUGUGAAUUGUGAAGUGAAGAAAUUCAAUUGUGUGACCUCAAAAAGCGGCACACACAAAAAAGCAAGUUGAAAAAUGUCAUAAAAUAUAUUGAAAGUGGAAAUUUCCGUAACAACUAAUAAAGUUUAAAAAAUCAAUCCACCACUCCAAACUAUUAAAAGUUCGAAAAAUUAUCUAAAAACAAAAAAUUAUUGGUACAACAAUGCUGCAGCAAAUUUUGCAAGAUAUGAGAGUGGACCCAGAACUCCUCGAGGGUCUUAAUGAAACUGAGAAACAGACAUUAUUCUGUAUUAUGAGGGAAGAACAGGUCCGUCGCUGGCGACUAUGGGACCAGGAGGAAGUAAGAAAAAGCUGCGAUAGCACAGCAUCUGCCACAAAAAGUCAUAAAAAGACUGUGACCUUCCUAAUGGGCGAAGAUGGUGAUCCAUGGGUGUGGGUCAUGGGAGAACAUCCAGAUGACAAAUCCAUUGAAGACAUCCUAGCUGAAGAAGCACAGCAGAGAGCUCGAGAACUGGCAGAAAUGGAAGCAAAAGAAUUGAGAAAAAGCGUUGAGGUCAAACUCUCAGAUAUAAUCGAACUGGAUCAGAUAACAAAUCAUAAGCUCGAAGAAGAUGAGAUGCCUAAGAUCGAAGAUAUGGAGAUUUACUGUUCAGUAGAUGAAUUGAGGGAGAGAAUCAACAACAGCCAGAAUACAAACACGAGUCAAUCCGUGAAACAGACUGCCUACAAUACUUCCCAAGCAAACUUUAACAUGACCACAAACUCUGGUGAUAGGAAAAGAGAUGUUUUGCAGGAAAUCUCCCUAAACAGCAAAGCCACCCAAAAGGUAGCAGCACGUGUGGCUCUCUGGGAGCACCGUCUUAUUGGUGAAAGGACAUGUGAAAUCUUACGAGGGAUGCAAAAACAACAGCAAGACGCUGAGCGUGAAGCCGAGGAAGCAGCCAGACAGGAGGAGGAACUGUGGAAAGAGCAAGAGCGAAAAGCUAAGCAAGCGGAAAUCAAAAGGCGGGAAAUCGCACGGAAAGCUCGAGAGGUGCAUCGGAUGUCUUUAAGCUGUGAUCAAAUUGAGGAGAUUGAGGUGCAAAAUUCUGAGGAUUCAGCGCCUGACACAAAGCUGAAUAGCGUGGAUUCUUGUCCACCCAACCACGAGGCGGUCAUGAAGUGGUAUCGCGAAGAAGAGGUUCCAAAAGGAGCUGGAAUUGAUACUGAAGAUCGGCCAACUAAAUGGUUUCACGGAUUUCUCUCAAGAAACGAAGCUGAACACUUACUACUGCCACAUUCUCCAGGAACUUUUCUAGUCCGAGUAUCAGAGAAAAUCUGGGGAUAUGCCAUCUCAUACAGAGACACAGAUCGCUGCAAACAUUACCUAGUACAGGCUUCAGAUGGACGAUAUCAGUUUCUGGGUGCCAAUCAGCUUGCCCAUGACAGCCUCAAUGACCUCAUUCGCUUCCAUCAGAUGAUUCCCAUUACAGCCAUGGGUCAGGAGCGGCUGCGCUUUUCUUGCCCAGGAAAUAGAUACUUGGAGGACUCAUCAUGAAGCUGAUUUAUGCAGUUAGUCAGUUAACCCAUUGAGUAUUUCAAUGUGAUAGAAAUAUUUUAUGAAUCUCUCUCACUGUUAGAGAGAUUUGUCUUGGAAAUUCUGACAAUUUAAGUCAUUUUUAGGUUUAUGAUCGAAUUUUUUUUUUACCUUUCCUUGAGAAUAAUGUCUGCAUCUUAAUCUUCAAAAUAGUUUAUGUUCCAUUUAUAGACAAAAAAAAAUAAACAAAAUGUUACUCAAAUAAUAACAAUGCAUAAGAUAUUUUUCAUUAGUGAAUGGAUUAAGUUACUCCUAUAAAUAUUCAGUAAAUUCAUAUACUAAAAGAAGAUUAGCUUCAAGGAAUAGUUGCAUAUUAAGUGAAUUCUUACUCUAAGUUUCCUUCAUUAAAAACAAGAGGCGUUAAGUCACAAAGACAAUCAAUUUUUUUUAAAUAUGUGAUCAAAGUUGAAGAAAAAUUCAAGUAUUCAAACAUUUACUUACGACAAUCAUGAGAUAUUUGCUGAAAAUUGGUGCUUAAGAAAAAGUCAAUAAAUGAUAAAAUCAAUAAAA